AUGGAUUUAGGAACAUUAAUCUUUUCUACUGUGUUCCAUCUCAACUUGAACCUCUCAUUUUCAUUCAAUCCUAGUGACUCCAUUACAGAAGAAACCCUGAAAAAAGCUAAGGAGAUUGGGUUCUCAGACAAGAAGAUUUCAAAAUGCCUUGGGUUGACUGAGGCUCAGAUAAGGGAGCUAAGGUUAAAGAAAAACAUCCACCCUUGGGUUAAACAGAUUGAUACACUGGCUGCAGAAUAUCCAUCAGUAACAAACUACCUCUAUGUUACCUACAAUGGUCAGGAGCAUGAUAUCAGUUUUGAUGACCAUGGAAUGAUGGUGCUGGGUUGCGGUCCAUACCACAUUGGCAGCAGUGUGGAGUUUGAUUGGUGUGCUGUCUCCAGUAUCCGCACACUGACUCAACUUGGCAAGAAGACAGUGGUGGUGAAUUGCAACCCUGAGACCGUGAGCACAGACUUUGAUGAGUGUGACAAACUGUACUUUGAAGAGUUGUCUUUGGAGAGAAUCCUAGACAUCUACCAUCAGGAGGCAUGUAGUGGCUGCAUCAUAUCAGUUGGGGGCCAAAUUCCAAACAACCUGGCAGUGCCUCUCCACAAGAAUGGUGUCAAGAUCAUGGGCACAAGCCCUAUGCAGAUUGACAGGGCUGAGGAUCGCUCCAUCUUCUCAGCCAUCUUGGAUGAGAUAAAGGUGGCACAGGCACCAUGGAAAGCAGUUAACACUUUGAAUGACGCAUUGGAAUUUGCGAAGUCUGUGGGGUACCCCUGCUUGUUGAGACCUUCCUAUGUCUUGAGUGGGUCUGCUAUGAAUGUGGUUUACUCUGAAGCUGAAAUGAAAAAAUUCCUGGAGGAGGCCACUAGAGUGUCUCAGGAACACCCAGUGGUGCUGACGAAAUUUAUUGAGGGUGCCCGGGAAGUAGAAAUGGAUGCUGUUGGCAAGGAGGGAAGAGUGAUCUCUCAUGCCAUCUCUGAACACGUGGAAGAUGCAGGAGUCCACUCAGGAGAUGCUACUCUGAUGUUGCCCACACAAACCAUCAGCCAAGGAGCCCUUGAAAAGGUGAAGGAUGCAACACGAAAGAUCGCAAAGGCUUUUGCCAUCUCUGGUCCAUUCAACGUCCAGUUCCUUGUCAGAGGAAAUGAAGUCUUGGUGAUUGAGUGUAACCUGAGAGCUUCUCGAUCCUUCCCAUUUGUUUCCAAGACUCUUGGGGUAGACUUCAUUGAUGUGGCUACCAGGGUGAUGAUUGGCGAGAAGAUUGAUGAGAAACCUCUUCCAACAUUGGAGCAUCCGAUUAUUCCUGCUGACUAUGUUGCAAUUAAG